AUGAGUCGGGUCUCUUUCAGGUCAUCUACUGGGGGAGGAAUGAGAGGGUUUAGCUCAGGCUCAGCGAUCGUAGGAGGUGGAAGCGGCACCAGGAGCAGUUUUAGCUCUGUCUCCGUCUCCAGGGUCGGAGGAGGAAGAGCUGGAGGUGGAGGAGGUUUUGGAGCUGGUGGUGGCUUCGGCAGCAGAAGUCUCUAUAACCUGGGUGGAAGCAAAAGGAUCUCCUACAGCUCGGUUGGAGGAGGUCUCCGCAGCGCAGCUGGGGGUGGCUACGGCUUCGGUGGAGGAGCUGGUUAUGGUCUUGGCUAUGGUGGUGGAGCAGGUGCUGGUUUUGGCUUAGGAGGAGCUGGUGGUGGUGGAGGUUAUGGGCUGGGAAGUGGCUUUGGGCUGGGAGGUCCUGGGUUUGGUGGCCGAGGUGGCCCUGGGUUCCCAGUUUGCCCCCCUGGGGGUAUCCAUGAAGUGACCAUCAACCAGAGCCUCCUGGCACCUCUCAAACUGGAUAUUGACCCCGAGAUCCAGAAGGUGCGGACGCAGGAGAGGGAGCAGAUCAAGACCCUCAACAACAAAUUCGCCUCCUUCAUCGACAAGGUGCGAUUUUUGGAGCAGCAGAACAAAGUGUUGGAGACCAAGUGGAGCCUCCUCCAAGAGCAAGGCCACACAGUGACCAGGAAGUCCCUUGAACCCUUGUUUGAAGCUUAUAUCAACAACCUCCGGAGGCAGCUGGACAACCUGAUGGGAGAGAGGGGUCGCCUGGACUCAGAGCUGAGGAACAUGCAGGACAUGGUGGAGGACUUCAAGAACAAAUAUGAAGAUGAGAUCAACCGACGAACUGGUGCAGAGAAUGAGUUCGUGGUCCUCAAGAAGGACGUGGAUGGAGCUUACAUGAACAAGGUGGAGCUGCAGGGCAAGGCAGAUGCUCUGGCAGAAGAAAUCAACUUCCUGAGAGCUCUCUAUGAAGCAGAGUUGUCCCAGAUGCAGCAACAAGUCUCUGACACCUCUGUGGUCCUGUCCAUGGACAACAACCGAAACUUGGACCUCAACAGCAUCAUCCAGGAGGUCAAGGCGCAGUACGAGGACAUCGCCAACCGCAGCCGAGCCGAGGCCGAGGCCUGGUACCAGAACAAGUAUGAGGAGCUGCAGGUGUCUGCUGGGCGCCAUGGGGAUGACCUGAGGAACACCAAGAUGGAAAUCUCAGAGAUCAACAGGAUAGUCCAGAGGCUGAGGAAUGAGAUCGACAGCGUGAAGAAACAGUGUGCCAACCUCCAAGCAGCCAUCGCUGAGGCUGAGGAACGCGGCGAGAUGGCCCUCAAGGACGCCAAGGCCAAGCUGACCGAGCUGGAAGAUGCUCUGCAGAAGGCCAAGGCUGACCUGGCCCGGCAGCUCCGAGAGGACCAGGAACUGAUGAACGUCAAACUGGCCCUGGACAUCGAGAUUGCCACCUACAGGAAACUGCUGGAGGGAGAGGAGAGCAGACUUGCUGGAGAAGGAGUCGGAGCUGUCAGUGUCUCCGUGGUCAGCAGCUCCAGCGGGAUGGGCUACGGCGGCGGCAGCAGCUUGGGCAUGGGUGGAGGACUCGGCAUGGGAGGUGGAGGCUACAGCCUGAGCAGUGGAGGAGGCUUCGGAGGCAGUGGAGGAGGUUUUGGAGGCAGUGGAGGAGGUUUUGGAGGCAGUGGAGGUUUCGGUGGAGGCCUCAGCUAUGGUGGAGGAAGCAGCUUCAGCUCCGGGAGCAGCCGCGGAAUGAGCUCCAGCACGGGCGGCAGCGUGAGGAUCGUCUCCAAGACAACCACCAGCAAAAAGACCCUGAGAUAA